GUUCUAGCGACAAAUCCUUCCCCCUUCCGACCAACCCACUUCCGGUCCGUCGCCAUGGCGGUCCGGGCGCCCCAGCGGCCCUCGCGAGUGGUUCCGGGUGCAGAGUCCACGGCCAUGGCGGAACCGGGAGCGAGCGGGAGCAGCUGCCGGCUGGAGUUCGCGGUGCAGAUGCGGUGCGGGAGCUGUGCAGACGCCGUGCGGGCAGCGCUGGAGGGAGCCCCCGGCGUGCGGCUGCUGGAGCUGCGGCCGGAGGCGCAGUCGGUGCUGGUGGAGACCACGGUGGCUGCGGAGCGGGUGCGGGAGCUGCUGGAGCGCUCGGGGCGCCGCGCGGUGCUGAAGGGAAUGGGGGGCUCUGAGGCCGGGAGCCUGGGGGCGGCGGUGGCCGCGCUCUCCGGCCCCGGCGCCGUGCGGGGUCUGGUGCGGUUCCUGCAGGUCUCCCCCACGCGGUGCCUGGUGGACGGAGCCGUCGAUGGGCUCCCCCCGGGCCCCCACGGGCUCCACGUCCAUGAAUUCGGGGACCUCUCGCAGCCCUGUGACAGCUGUGGGGAACACUUUAACCCCGAUGGGGAGCACCAUGGGGGACCCCAGGACCAGCACCGGCACGUCGGGGACCUGGGGAACAUCUGGGCUGAUGCUGAGGGCAGAGCCUGCUUCCGCAUGGAGGAUUCACGUCUGAAGGUCUGGGACAUCAUCGGGCGCUCCGUGGUGGUGGAUGCGGGUGAGGAUGACCUGGGCCGAGGCUCCCACCCGCUCUCCCGGGUGACAGGGAACUCGGGGCCGGGGCUGGCCUGCGGCGUCGUGGCCCGCGCAGCCGGGCUCUUCCAGAACCCCAAGCGGGUCUGCUCCUGCGACGGCGUCACCCUCUGGGAGGAGCGGGACCGGACCACAGGAGCCUCCAGCCCCACAGCAGCCCCCAGCCCCACAGCAGCCCCCAGCCCCACGGCCGCUCCCAGCCCCACAGCGGCCCCGGCCCCCCACCUCUAGGAGCGGCCCCGGGCCAUCAAUAAACGCUCACUGGCUCUGCA